AUGCCUCAUGGGGAAAGCCCGACAAUAUUCCACCAUAUAUUACCGAGGCUGAUCCAAAUACUCGAUGACAAUGGGCAUUGGCGCCUACUUCAUGCCUACUUUGAUGGAAUCAAGUUGAAGGUGCAUUUCACCGGACUAGUGGACUUCGCACCUUUCGCAGUCAGGUCGCCACCAGAGGUGGACUAUCUUGACCUUAUCGACUCAUCUCAAUAUCAUGACAAGCUUGAUCAAAUGAUGAAAUGGGCUUGGCCGGUUAUACAAGGCUACACUGGGAAAGAAGGCCUGAAGGAGGAAAGGACAGAAGACGGCUUGGAAGAGAAAAGUAAAUAA